CGUGUGUGUGAUGCCCGAGCACAUCCGAGCGUGGGGGUCCCUGCCCCGCCCCGAUUACCCCGCGUUCCCCGCGGCCCCCCCCCCCCCCCAUUCCUGGUGCCCCCCGGUGCCCCCCUGACCCCUCCGACCCCCCGGUCCCGCAGCGGGGGGCUCAGUAACCUGCUGUACAAGUGCAUGCUGCCCGAGCACAUCCUGAGCGUGGGGGACGAGCCCCGGCAGGUGCUGCUGCGAGUCUACGGGGUCAUCCUGCAGGGCGUGGACUCGCUGGUGCUGGAGAGUGUCAUGUUCGCCAUCCUGGCCGAGCGUGCGCUGGGCCCGCGGCUCUACGGGGUGUUCCCGCAGGGCCGGCUGGAGCAGUACAUCCCGAGCCGGCGGCUGCGCACCGAGGACCUGCGGGACCCCGACGUGUCCGGGGAGAUCGCGGUGAAGAUGUCCCGGUUCCACGGGAUGGUGAUGCCCUUCAACAAGGAGCCCAAGUGGCUUUUUGGGACCAUGGAAAAGUACCUGAAGCAGAUUUCCGAGCUCUCCUUCACGGAGAAGACACAGCUGGAAAAGUUCAACCUGCUCAAGGGUUACAACCUGGAGGAGGAGAUGAGGAGCCUCAGGUGAGCCCCCCAGCACCCCCCACGGGGGUCUCCUCAGAGGGGGUCUUGGGGCCA